CGAAGUAUGAGAGACAUAACCUCAAAAUUAAAAUAUUUUGUUCAAAAUACUGAAAUUUGUUGGAACACGUGCUCCCUUAUUGUAGAUUGAAACUUAUUAAAUUUUUCUAAAGAAUUCCUAAAAACAUCUAUACAACACCCAUACAUUAUUUCUCUGUAACGUAUCCUUGUGUUUAUUUUUCUACAAUGACAUGAUAAUUACAACAAACCAUACUUACUAGAAACUCCAAAAUGAAGGUCAAGAAGAAGGUCAGUCAGCCUUUGCCCGUGAAUGGUAAGAGCACCUUAGAAAGAGAAGAGCCUCUACUGAGAGAUGACGAUGAGUUCAACUUUGGAUCCAGUUACAUUCGUGAUGAAAGCAGUGACAACGAAGAUUUAUCUGAUGAUAAUGAUACAAGGAAAUCAAAGAAGAGGAAGCGAUCUCGUAACCUUGAGGAUGAGUACAUCAGGAGAUUGCAAGAGGAAGAAGGUGAUGAAGAGGCAAAUGAUGAUGAACAAGAGCAUUCCAACAAGAAGAAGCGCUACUUGCUCCCUGUUAAGAGUGGCAACAGACUGAUUCGUCGUGUGGGAUUUGUUGAGGAAAGGAAGGUUGAAAGUGAAGAUGCGAAUGAAGGAGAAGAAGCGCAGGGUGAAGUGAAACAGAAGGAAGACGAGAUAGAGGAAUGCCCGACCAGUCGUGACCUGUCUGUGCCCGUGUCGGCAGCAGAAAUGAUCGCCUGGAGAGAGAAAGCUCUGGCCAAGGUUCGCUUCAAGAUUGGCCUGCUGGCCACGGCCGUUCUAGAAGAUCCCCAGCAACAUGUCAACAAUUUGAAAACGCUGAAUGAAAUGGCAAAAGAGUACAGACAAGAAUUGGCAUUCUCCGUCAAGAAAUUGGCGAUAGUCUCUUUGGCAGAAAUUUUCAAAGAUAUCCUUCCAUCCUACCAAAUCAGGCCACUGGAUACAUCAGAUAUUAAAUUGAAGAAGGAUGUGUACACCCUGCAGAACUACGAAAAACUGCUUCUGAAGAAUUAUCGAGAGUUUUUGACAAAGAUUGAAAAAUGCAUAUCUAUUUUGAACAAGAAGAAAGGCGAUACCAGGCUUCACAGCACUCAAAGUGUGGAUCUAGGAAUGGUUUGUCUGAAGCUGAUGUGCGACUUAUUGGUAUUGCAUCCUUAUUUCAACUACUCGCAGAACAUAGCUCAACUUCUCGUGUUGUAUCUCAACAAUCCAAAACCUGAAGUCCGCAGUAUUGUAUCGAAAUGCUUAUCUCAGAUUUUCAGAGAGGACAAGAAGGGAGAGCUGUCUUUAUUUAUUGUGCGCAAAAUAAACCUGUUGGUGAAGUCGAGGACGAAUGCUGUCCAUUCAGAAGUGGUGUCCGUAUUCUUGACCCUGAGAAUCAAAGACGUCAAUCUAGACCAGGAGAAAGAAGCUGAGUUGAGAGAGAAAAAGUUUCAAACUAGAAGGCAGAAGUUGCUGAGCAUGUCGAAAAAGGAGAGAAAGGCCAGCAAAAGAUUGGAACAGUUAGAAAAGGAACUAUUGGAAACAAAAGCUGAAGAAAAUAAGCAGACAAAGCAUAAAACUCUCACGGAAGUAAUCAAAGUUGUAUUCACUGUAUACUUUCGUAUACUCAAAAAUGAUCCAACGUCCAAAUUGCUCUGUUCAACUCUGGAGGGCAUCGCAAAAUUUGCACACCUUAUAAAUUUGGAAUUCUACCAAGAUUUAGUGUUGGUUCUGAGUCGUUUGAUGGAUGAAGGCAACUUGGGACUGCGACAGCGCUUGUUGUGCAUUCAGACUGUAUUCACCAUUCUGUCUGGCAUUGGAGAAUCAUUAGCUAUUGAUCCGGCCAACUUCUACACGCAUCUAUAUAGAAAUAUGCUUCUUGUUGAUGCAGGCCAUGCACCGGAAAACAUCAGACUGGUUUUGGACGCCCUGGAAAUAGUUGUGUUGAAACGCCGGAAGCGAAUCACCCGUCAGCGACUGCUGGCUUUCUCGAAGCGACUUGGGUCGCUUGCUCUGCAGCUACAACACAACGGAUCCUUGUCCUGUCUCACUCUCAUCAAACAAGUUUUGCAGUUGAAUAAGGCAGUCGACAUAUUGCUAGAAUCGGAUGCUUCUAUUGGACAAGGCACCUUCCUUCCUGAACUAGAAGAUCCUGAGCAUUGCAAUGCUGCCAGCUCUUGUCUUUUUGAGCUGACGUCUCUGAGGGUAAAUGCAAUUUUCACUCUCGUUCAGGCCCUUGCUGCUCAAUCAACCAAGAUAUCUGCAAAGUCAAGCAGAGAAAUUUUCAAUGACUACAAUCCUCUAGAAAUGGCGUUCAAACCAUCAAUUCCUGUUCCGAAAAAAAUGAAAGUUGGUGAAAAGCCUCACAGAUGGCAUGAUAAACAACUUGAAGUCUAUUCUAUUGAAGCGUUUCAAGACAAUAGCAAAACCGACUUGAGUGGAUUGUUCGAAGAGGUGCGUAUCCAUCAUGCGGCCAAUCGUGUUGGCGUCGCCGUGAGGCAGCGGGUAGGCUUCUAUCCACCUGGAGAAAGAAUCAGUGAUGACCAAUAUGAAUCGAUUUCUUCGCUUGGAGAGUGGGUAGGGGCCCAUCAGAUCGAGACAUACGGUUUCCCAUGGUCUAGUAGACCGUCGCGGUUGUUGCGUAGGACAGCCCCUAUACCGACCUUGCUGGCGUCUGUCUGUAGGAUGAAGGUCUUGGAGAAAUCUGGUCGACAGAGUGGUUGGAUGUUGGCGGUCAAUGCUUGUAGGCGGCGGAAAGCUGUCUCUUCUGUUGGUGACCAUUUCCAUCGCGUCUUCGUGCUAAGUAGCUCAGACAGAGGCGCACAAACGUCAGCGGCGUUGGGUUCGUUCCUUGAGGGCGGCAACUUCGGACUCGAUAAUUUGCAGUUUCUCCCAUGUCCUUGUAUAGCCGUUCCGCAGCUAGUGGGACAGUUGGCCAGCAGUACAGGUAGCUUCAGCGGUUGGAUCCGUGUACCGUGGUCGAGGUGGGCAGCUCUCACGAAGUUGUGCGUUGCGGCUGAAUCGAGUAGAGCGUGUAGUUGUUUACCCGCGAGGAUGACAGGGAUCCAGGGUAGAGUCUGUCCAUCUAUCUGGAUCAUGGCUAGGUUCGGUGCUUGGCUGGGCAGAGGGCUGGUGAUGUGGUUGUUGACUACUGGGGCGGCAGUGUUGGUGACCUUGUCGGUGACUGCGGCCAGGGCAGUUGUUGGUGACCUGGUGGCUGAAUGCGGCUGGGUCAGCAUUGGUGACCUGGUCGUCGACUGCAGCGAGGGCAGUGUUGGUGACUCUGUCCAUGACAGUGACCCCGGUAGGUGGCGAGUGCAUGUGGGUUACAGUUGCAUGUUCCUCCCCAGGCUGGUGGUCGAUGAUGCGCUCAUCAUCGGCUGGGUGGUUGGUCGAGCGGGCUUGCUGGUGAAGGCGGGUGGCUGCGUUGCCCCGGUUUCGCUGGUGGAAGCGGGCGGCUGCGUCGUGCUGCUGUCGGCCAGCAAAAGAUUGGAACAGUUAGAAAAGGAACUAUUGGAAACAAAAGCUGAAGAAAAUAAGCAGACAAAGCAUAAAACUCUCACGGAGGUAAUAAAAGUUGUAUUCACUGUAUACUUUCGUAUACUCAAAAAUGAUCCGACGUCCAAAUUGCUCUGUUCAACUCUGGAGGGCAUCGCAAAAUUUGCACACCUUAUAAAUUUGGAAUUCUACCAAGAUUUAGUGUUGGUUCUGAGUCGUUUGAUGGAUGAAGGCAACUUGGGACUGCGACAGCGCUUGUUGUGCAUUCAGACUGUAUUCACCAUUCUGUCGGGCAUUGGAGAAUCAUUAGCUAUUGAUCCGGCCAACUUCUACACGCAUCUAUAUAGAAAUAUGCUUCUUGUUGAUGCAGGCCAUGCACCGGAAAACAUCAGACUGGUUUUGGACGCCCUGGAAAUAGUUGUGUUGAAACGCCGGAAGCGAAUCACCCGUCAGCGACUGCUGGCUUUCUCCAAGCGACUUGGGUCGCUUGCUCUGCAGCUACAACACAACGGAUCCUUGUCCUGUCUCACUCUCAUCAAACAGGUUUUGCAGUUGAAUAAGGCAGUCGACAUAUUGCUAGAAUCGGAUGCUUCUAUUGGACAAGGCACCUUCCUUCCUGAACUAGAAGAUCCUGAGCAUUGCAAUGCUGCCAGCUCUUGUCUUUUUGAGCUGACGUCUCUGAGGAGACAUUAUCACCCUGUUGUAUGCAAAAUUUCUGACCAUCUAAUAAAAAACUUGCCUACAACCGGUGAGGGGACUCUAGCACCAGAGAUUGGUAAAUUGUCAAGCAGAGAAAUUUUCAAUGACUACAAUCCUCUAGAAAUGGCGUUCAAACCAUCAAUUCCUGUUCCGAAAAAAUGAAAGUUGGUGAAAAGCCUCACAGAUGGCAUGAUAAACAACUUGAAGUCUAUUCUAUUGAAGCGUUUCAAGACAAUAGCAAAACCGACUUGAGUGGAUUGUUCGAAGAGGUCAAGAAAAACGGAUUAAAGGAUGAGCUAGACGAUGUUACAUAAUGGGUACCCAAAUAAAUGUGUUUUAUGCUUA